AUGUCUACUUAUAUUCAAGUCAACAUUUACAAUCAAACGUUGGAUGCUCUUAAAAUGAGAGGAAUUGAUCUAAGCGACAUAUUGAAAACGAUAGGAUGUCCAAAUACACAUGUCACAGAAUUGCCUAUUUUUUCGAGUGAACAGAAUGUGUCAUCAAAAGCAAUCACAACACAAAUUGUCACACAAUCUGAAGAAGCUUCUCGGUCUGAUCAUCACAUUCCACAAAUUUCCACUACAAUGAGUCUGCCUCCGUCAUCCUCAGAAAAACCUAUUCUGAAAAAGCCGUUCAAGAGUAUUUCAGCAGAAAUCAGUUUUGUUCAACCACUGAAUUUGAAGAAUGCUUUUGGAACAAAUCCGACUAUACCAUCAACACUUGCAGAGGCUUUAGAAAUGAACAUAGAGAAAAGGUCGAAACCCACACUGAAAGAUUUAUUUGAUGAUUGGGAUCCAACUGCAAGUCUGGAAACUGUGGGAACAGCUUCCGAAAUCCAUAAUGAAUCAGCAAUGUUAAUGGGUAGUUCUCUCAAAAUUCCAAAAGAAGAAAUACUUGAUGAAACUGACUCACUGAUUGAUAAAACUAAAGAAACAUUGGAUUUCAACGACUCAGAGUUAGCAAAUGAGCAAGAAAGAUCAAUUAUUGAGGAACUUCUUCGCCAACAAAAACAUUCGGAAAAAAUUGAAGAUGAAUCGACACUAAUAUUAGCAAAAGGGAAAAAAAGAACUGGUGAUGAAUCAGAUCUUCCUAAUAUCAAUUAUGUGAUUACCUGUAACUAUCCGGGUUGCGGCCUCCAAUACAAUUGGCGUGUGAAAUACGGAAAGUUAAGGCUUCUUGAUCAUGCUCUUACUCACUCAAAUCGAAAAAUUCCUUGCAAGCUCUGCGGUUUCGAAUGUACAAAUGUCCGCCGAAUGCGAUCACAUUAUGCAAAAGCUCAUCCGAACGAACGAGUGGAAGGAUACGGAAUGAAGGCAUUAGUUAGUAAAGAUUACACAAAUAAAGCAGAAGGAGCGGAUGGAGAAACGGAUCAACAAGUCACAGAUGAAGAACUGAAAGAGUUAUGGAAUGCAUGUUACUCCAAAUCAAUUCAUUUAGUUGGGCAUGCUACGGGUUUUGUGGAUGGAGAAAAGUAUAGAAGAAUGACUAAAAGAAGAAAGCUGGAACGAGAAGCCAUGAAUUCGAUGAGCUUCACGUUUUAG